CUAACCUACUAUAAUAUAUUGCGGACUAUUAUUGAGCUGGAUUUUAAGUAACAAAUGAUUUAGAGCGAAGACCUUGAUAAUUUUCAAACGCAAUGGCAAGUGAUCGGGAAGUGCUUCGGGAAAUUUGGGAUGGCAAAGUUCCAGUUUGUUUUACCCUUAAUUCCGAGGAAAUUUGUGAUUUACAAGGGCCAGAUCCGUUUUAUUUAAUGGUACCUAGGUUAAGUUAUUUUCCAUUGUGUACAGAAAAGGUACGGAAACACUUCAUACGCCAUAUACAAAGUGACACUAAACAAGAGCAUGAAAUGUGGCUGGAAUUCAAUGGAAUUCCUCUUAAAUGGCAUUAUCCAAUUGGUGUCUUAUUGGACAUUUAUUUCAAUGACAUUCAAUUACCCUGGAAUAUUGUUGUUCACUUUGAUAAAUUUCCAGAGAAUGUUCUAAUGCACUGUCAGAACAAAGAAGUUGUCGAAGCAUAUUUCCUCUCUUGUAUAAAAGAAGCUGACGUUUUAAAGCACAGAGGUCAAAUUGUCUCCAGUAUGCAGAAGAAAGAUCAUACACAGUUGUGGAAUGGCAUUAUGAAUGAUAAAUUCGAUCAAUUCUGGUCAGUGAAUGGUAGACUUAUGGAGGCUAGCAGCGAAGAGGGAUUUAAAUAUAUACCUUUUCGAUGUUAUACAAGUGAAGAUAAAUAUAUACAAAAACUUGUGAAGCCGAUGAACGAAGAGGGUCAAAGAAAAACAUUAAAACAUUUGUUAAAUGAAGUGUUUCCUGAUCAAGAAAAUGUUACAGUGCGUACUCAUGGAAUUAUACCACCGUUAGAAACUCCGCUUCAGUGGAUGUCGGAGCACUUAAGUUAUCCAGAUAACUUUCUACAUUUAAUUGUAGUUACAUCGUAACAUCUAUCAAAAAAAGUGAUAACUUUGUUAAGUAAAAAAAUAUAAUUUUCUGUAAUUAUUGCAGAAUAUUAUGUACA